GCCACAGCUAACCAACUCACAAUUGCGUGUGCGAUCUGUCACCUUUAGUUGCUUAGCGCCAGCAGAUUUUACUAUUCGUUCGAAAAUAACAAAUUUCAUAUUUGGUGAAAUAAAAAUCGACAUAGAAAUAUAUAUAUAUAUAUAUACAUUGUCAAAAUAUGCCAGGAAAAGGAAAAACAAACAUUCGUAAACUAAGUGACAUGACAGAUGAAGAAAGAGCAAUUUAUCUUGAACAAAAAAGGCUUGCUGAAGAAGAAUUGCAAAACCAAAAGAUUACACAAUUAGCUGAACAUUUACAAGAUAAACUUAAUCAUGAAGAAGAAUUUACUAAACUUAACCAAAUGAAAUUGACACAUUACUGGCGUGCUAUCAUGAGAGAAACAAAGUCAAAAGAAUUGAAAAGAUCUAUAGAUACACUAUCACAAACAUUUGAUGGAAUUAUGGAUCGAAAAGAAAGUAUCAUUAAAACACUUGUUGCUAAUCUUAGUGAAGCGGAUGAACAACAUUUGACAGCUAUACGUUCUCAUUUAGAAAAUGUAGAUAUUCUGAUAGAUUUGCAGAAUCAACGAUUACAAAAAUUGAGAAGUGACUAUGAAAAGGAAUUGCAAUCAUUGGUUGAUGAAUUCUUAGAAGAAGAGAAAUUUCUCAGGGAACAACAUGAGAAACAAUUGAAUGAUUUGAAAACCAUAUUUAUUGCUUUGGAUACUACAUAUUCGGCGAAAGUGAAUCAAGCUGUGAUGGAUCAAAGUAAUUUAAAAGAUGAAAUGACGAAUCACAGUUUAGAAGAGAAACAUGCAUUGAGAAUGAAUUUAAACAGUAAAAUUGAAGAUUUAUCAUAUGAACUGAAACAGGCCACAGAUCAAUACAACACAACAAUGAAUGAAAAAAUGAAAUUUUUCGAUAAUUUAAAAUCGAAAAAUGAUAAAACAAACUCAGAAAUUCAAAGACAAUUUGAUAAAAUCCAAAAAAUCAAUAAAAAUAUAACGGCUAUCCGACGCCGUAUGACAAGCACAUCGAAUGAUUACAAAGAAAGAUAUGAUCAUUUAAAAGAAGAACGAGACAAAUUGAUUAUACGAUAUCAAAUGUUGAAGUUUAAAAUGAAGAAAUCACAUGAUUUACAAUACGAAAAGUUAAUUAAAAUGUCAGUUGAAAGUGGAGAAGCUAUAAAAAAGGUUGACAGUUUACUGAAGAAAGCGGAGAGAAUUAUCAAGUUAGGUGAAGAAUGUAGAAAGUAUGAAACAGAAGAGGAGAAGAUGAUACCUUUCUAUUCAUUAUGUUCACUAGCUGAGGAUGAAAGUUUGGUGAGAACAUCAUCAUUAAAACAGGAACAGAUUGGAGAAAUGACAAAGAAUAUUUUUCAAUCAAUCAAACGUUGUUUACCAAUAGAAAUGUUUUGGAAAAGAUUUAAUAAAGUUCAAUUAGAACGUUUAGCGCUAACUAAAGAAUACAAUAUGUUAGAAGAAGAAAAUAUUCAGUUAAAAUUAUUAUUCAAACAAUAUUUAGAUGGUAUAUCAAUUAAAAACGAAAUUAUUUCCGGUGAUAAUUCAAUCAUUAUUAUAGAUAGAUGA